UUUGGCUCUUUCUCCACUAGCAAGCAACCUUACAAUGUACCCCAAUUGCUCUUCAAUGUAAUUUUUAAAAAGGAUUUAUCAAAUGCUACACUUAUGUAAUCAAAACACAUGGCUCAUUUGGGAUUUUAACUACCAAGCUGCCAUCUCGGAGUAGACUUAUAACGCUUUAUUGUGACUAUAUUUUAGAAAAUAGCGGUGGAGGAGGAGAUUCCAUAUAAGGAGCACAGCAGAGAAGGCACCCCUUGUGUAAUCUGGGCAUUUAAACUGAAGAGGGAUACUGUCAUAUCUGAAUGACGUUCGGGCACAUGGUUGUGAAACUGGUAGACUGUGCCCUUUCAAAACARAUUUGUUGUGAAAACAGACUUACUACUGUGGCCUGUGUCCUGUUUGCUGACCUCAUGGUGUAACCAGGUAUAAAGAUGAGCAUAAGCAGUGAUGAGGUCAACUUCCUGGUGUACAGAUACCUACAGGAGUCAGGGUUUUCCCACUCAGCCUUCACGUUUGGCAUAGAGAGCCACAUCAGUCAGUCUAACAUCAAUGGAGCCCUGGUGCCCCCUGCUGCCCUCAUCUCCAUCAUACAGAAGGGCCUGCAGUACGUGGAGGCUGAAGUCAGCAUUAAUGAGGACGGUACACUGUUUGACGGGCGGCCGAUUGAGUCCCUGUCGCUCAUCGACGCGGUAAUGCCGGACGUGGUGCAGACGCGGCAGCAGGCCUACCGAGACAAGCUGGCCCAGCAGCAGGCGGCCCAGGCCCCCCCAGCCAAUGCCACCAACAUGACAGCCAACGCCAAGAACGGAGAGAACACGGCCAAUGGCGAGGAGAACGGAGCGCACGCCUUAGCUAAUCAUGCACAUGCUGAUGAGGUGCUCUCUGUGUGCCAUACAGACAACCAUGCAGACUUGAUGGAGGUAGACGGCGAUAUGGAGAUUCCCCAGAACAAAGCCAUGGUGCUCCGAGGCCACGAGUCAGAGGUGUUCAUCUGCGCUUGGAACCCUGUCUCCGACCUGCUCGCCUCAGGGUCUGGGGACUCAACGGCGCGGAUCUGGAACCUGAGUGAGAACAGCACCAGCAGCUCCACGCAGCUUGUUCUGAGGCACUGCAUACGGGAGGGAGGCCAGGAUGUCCCCAGCAACAAAGACGUCACAUCAUUAGACUGGAAUAGUGAGGGUACUUUACUAGCAACCGGCUCAUAUGAUGGAUUUGCCAGGAUCUGGACAAAGGAUGGUAAUCUUGCCAGUACCCUGGGUCAACACAAAGGUCCCAUUUUUGCAUUGAAAUGGAACAAGAAAGGAAACUUCAUUCUUAGUGCCGGAGUAGAUAAGACUACAAUCAUAUGGGAUGCUCACACAGGAGAAGCCAAGCAGCAGUUCCCGUUCCAUUCAGCGCCUGCUCUGGAUGUGGACUGGCAGAGCAACAACACGUUUGCCUCCUGCAGUACAGACAUGUGCAUCCAUGUGUGUAAACUUGGCCAGGACAGGCCCAUCAAAACAUUCCAAGGACACACAAAUGAAGUAAAUGCAAUCAAAUGGGAUCCAACCGGUAACCUGCUGGCCUCUUGCUCAGACGACAUGACGCUGAAGAUCUGGAGUAUGAAACAGGAUACAUGUGUUCAUGACCUGCAAGCUCACAGCAAAGAGAUCUACACCAUCAAAUGGAGCCCCACUGGUCCUGGAACCAACAACCCCAAUGCCAAUCUCAUGCUUGCCAGUGCGUCCUUUGAUUCGACGGUGCGGCUGUGGGAUGUGGACCGAGGCAUCUGCAUUCACACGCUAACCAAACACCAGGAGCCUGUCUACAGUGUGGCCUUCAGCCCAGACGGCAGGCAUCUGGCCAGCGGCUCCUUCGACAAGUGUGUUCACAUCUGGAACACGCAGACUGGUGCUUUAGUCCAUAGUUACAGGGGGACAGGAGGAAUCUUUGAAGUUUGCUGGAAUGCAGCAGGUGACAAAGUGGGAGCAAGUGCAUCAGAUGGAUCUGUUUGUGUAUUAGAUCUGCGGAAGUAACACUCCUUGUUGGAYGCCAUGGACCGACAAUGAAUGUGUACAUAGCCAAAAUAACUGUCCCUGCCCCAUGUACUGCUAGUCCCUCUGAACCAUGGCCGGCCACUACAGACCAGAAACAAGCACCCCAACCUCUACACAACAGAUUCAGGAGCAAGGACACAAUCUGUGCAGCAAAUCCUUCCAGAGACAUUAAAGGGACACAGACAAAAACACAAAAAAAACAGAUCCGUAUAUGUACCAAAAUUUCAAAGCUAUUUUGCUUUUUGAUCUUUAAACCAUCGUCAUCAAGACAAAAAAAACAUUUUAAACUUUGUUGGUAGUUCAGUCUCUGUGUACAGACAUAUCGGCUUUCCCGUCCUGCAGCAGGCAGUUAGGUUUUAAAAAAUUAUUCCAAUGUUUAAGUUAAUAUUUUUGGGGGUCACAGCUGCAUGAAGUAGAGGAGUCCUCUUUUUAUACACACUCACAAAACAGUUCUUUAAAAAAAUAGUCUUUGGUAGUGUGCGCUUUGUGGUUCAAAACAAUAUGGGGACUUUUUUUCAAUUGUAGUUUUUACUGUUGACAUCGGUCGUACUGUUGACAUCUAAAUGCAGUAGUUUUAUUUCUUUCCUCUACAGGAGACAUUGAUUCUCCUGACUUAAUAUUAUUACAAAUUAACAUUGGGUGCACAUGAAAGAAGAGGCAUUGUACAGCUGGAUGCUUUAAAACCAUUUUUAUGGUUGGUUUGUGCACCAUUGAUGGCGCUAGAAAAACGUUCCAUGAUUACCCCUGGACAAAGCUGUACUGCUGUAGUUAUCAUGUGGAAACAUCCAGUAUUGGAUCGCUUAAAGAAGAGAAGCAGACGAGUCAGUACCCAAUGACUGUUCCCUCCAGUGUGAAUGAUUGGAACUGUGAUGUCCACUAGACCUUUCACCAGAGUGCUUCCAAUGGGCAAACUGAGGCCCCUUUUACAACAUAUAGCAAAAAGGGAAGACUUGCUUUAAGUUUUGUAUUCUUCUAAUGAAAACUUAGCUGAUAAUGUGAUUCUCUCAGAUGUUUUUCCAGAUACAUUUCAUAUUGCUGAUGUAUCACCUGUCACAACAAAACUUCCAUUAAGCUUUUACUCAAAGUGGUUUACAUGUUGAUUAGGCAAAGUUUUCACUCAAGUCCCAUAGACGAUUUCCCAAACUAGAUAUUGACUGAGGUUAUUUGGAUCACAAACAAGCAAUGCUGUUUUCAGAGGUAAAAUAGAAUCUUAAAGCAAGUCUGGGUGUUGGGCUAGGAAUCAGAAAUCAUAUGGAGUAACAUGCACCAUAUAAAUUAUUUUUGUGCUGCUCAAUAUUGAAAAAGUGAACUGAAUUUGAAGCAUAACCAUUUAAAGACAUGCGACACUGUGUGGUAUCACACAUUCAUGUAAAUGUAUCUUUUCAAAUCAUUGUGAGAAGAGAAUUCCCCUACUGGACAGUAAUCAAUUGACUGUUAAAUCUUUUUUGAUUGACUUUCAACAAUCUUAAUUUGAAAUGGGACACAUCUGAAUAUUCACCGGUUACAGUCUAGAUAUCCUGUUAAAUGUAGUGUGUGUGUUUUUUUUUUGUUUUUUUUAACAAAGCAAGCCAGUCUGAUUUUACAGAUGGCAGAAUGAGGUUUUGGCUUGAUGGAAAUGUGAGGAUCCAUGGCCAGGAUCCCUCGUUCCCCUGGUUUAAGACUUAUGUUAGCGGUUUAUUUUUUGGGAUAUCACUACACAUAUAGGGGCAGAUGCAUGGGCCCAUAUGAAACCUACUCCAGGUCUCAAAAAGCACUUUCAAUUGAAACAUUGAGGAUGUUUAUUAUUAGAGUAGGUUUAAUCAGGGUCUGUGCAACCAUCCCAUAAAUGUGCAUUUUAUACAGAGUGUAGUCCUUUUAAAUCUGUAAAAACUGUCUACUCUAAGUAGAUUGCACCAUCUGGACACUAUUUAUUAUACAGUCUAUGACAGUGGAAGGUUAUUUUAGGUUUUCUUUUAUGAUAAAUCUGCUGUCCUAGUGUCUGCUUUGCCCUUCAUUUUCACUACCUGAAUUCUAAUCAUAUUCUUAUGAUGUGUAUGUCCUCUGGACAUUUUGUACUCUUUUAAAACUUUUGUAAUUCAUAUUUCUUUGUAGCCUAAAGGAGUAAAAUGUAAGAUUAUUGGAGAUAAUCAAGUACAGUAUGUUCCAGUUUAAUGAUUUUUUUGGUUCCACAUUGCAUCAUGAGUGCCCACACCCCACCCUUGGUUUCUCGAGUCAAAAUGUGUUUUUGCAGAUUGCAUUGAUCUGUUGUAAUUUGAACCAGAUCUGAAAAAAAAGUCCAGAAUAAAAUAUAUUUUGAUAUUAA